GUCUUCUGCUUCCUCCAGCCACUGCCAAAUUGGCCUCUCUUCUCAUCACUUCCUGCUGCAACGGGGCUGUCCCCGUGGAUUGCUCCAGUAAGACCUCUCCUGCUGAUGCCACAACCUCUUUCUUGCUUUCUCUUGCCCUGGGCAGCGUAACCCAGAGCUUCACCCAGCUUCCUGGAUGGAAGAGAGCGUGUGGGCAGAAAGCAAAGGGUGACACAGCCACCCCAUCCCAGCAGCCCCCAUGGACCAGGGCACAUACAGCGAUGGAUUCAGCCAGCUGGAGAGCCUCCUCCUGUACUCCUUCCUGGACAACUCCCAAGACUGUGCCUUCAAGGAGAAGCUGCAGACUCUGAGCUGCAGACACACACCCCAGUGCGUGCCCCAUAGAACAGCCUUCCAUUCUUUUUCUGAUGAUGGAGAGCUUCAAACAGACGGGAACCGUAGCGGCCAUUUCCAAAAUGGCGAGCCAGGUUCUGAGACAGGGGAAAUUUACCAAAUCAUUGGCGCUCAGCUGGCUGAGAUUGGGGACCAGUUGGCUGCUGAGAUGCAGGCGGGACCAGUAGAUGAUCUUGUGCAGCAGUUCCUGAAUGCAAAUCUCUCCAGUGAGGAAAUAACAAGGUGUCUGUCUCAGAUGGUGGAACAGGUCCUGAAAUCCAUCCCCUUAGACAUGGACCAGGAGAAAGCCAAGCUGGUGCUGGCAAUGGUUUUAGCCAAAAAAGUAGUGAACAACGUGCCAUCUCUCCUACACCGGGUCUUCAGCACCACUGUGAAUUACAUGAACCAGUACCUCCAUGACUACAUCCAUAACAUCGUCUGACAGAGCUGAAUGAGACCUUGGUGCCAUCCACAGGCUUGGAGAGGGUUACAGCCUAGAACUCUAAAGGACUCAAGGACCAUUCUUUGUGAUGUGGUUGAGACAUGUCAAUAGAAACCCAUUAUUCUGUUUUUAGACUUUUAUAGAGUAGCAAAGCAGCACCAGUAGUUUUAGCUGCAUGAUUGUUCUGCUAGUCUGAGACAUGUAAGAGUAAUGCUUGCCCUUUCUUUCUUACCAAGUAUUAAAAACAAUGCUUUUUACAACAGAGACUCACUGCAGGUGAAGAUCUUUGUAUCUCAGGGAAAAAAUGCCAGUUGGUAUCAUGCUCAGGUGUUCCUUGAAGCUGAAACUAGCCCAAAUCCUGUGCACAAGGGGAGGAUGGAUGUGUGUGAAGUCUCAGCACAUUUCCAAUGCAGUGCCAGUCAUCUGGGCUCUAAGUAGCUGCAUCAUCCUGACCCGAGGUGGAAGUGAGCAGCUAUCCUGCAAAGCCUUUCCCAGGCCCUGUUUUUUCCUGAUGUUUUACUACCGUGUGUGUGUUAUGAGCUUGUGCAGAUAUUCUCUGCUGCUGGAGCAAUUGGUGUUUCUCUUUUACCCACAAAUUGUGCCCAGAUAAACUAAACUUCCCAAUCAAAGGAGAAGCAGAUUAUAAAAUGGUCAGACUGUAUCAGGGAGUGAACUAAACUGGAUACACUUGAGCAGAACACGCUUUAGCUUUAUGUGUAGCCAGUUACUGUAAAGAGAAGGAAACUAGGAGGUUGGCAGCUUCUUUUCAUCCUGUUAAGCACCUCUGCUUAGCUUACCAGGAAGGCACUGUCUCACCCUGAAGUAGUUCUCUAUAAGCCAGGCCAAUACAUCUACACUGCCUGUAAAUACUGUCUUUAAUUUUAACUUAAAAAUAAAAUUGUCAGCUCUGCUGUAAACGUA